AUGAGUGGUUACGAUAGAGCUUUGUCUAUUUUUUCUCCAGAUGGGCAUAUUUUCCAAGUUGAAUAUGCUCUAGAGGCAGUUAAAAGAGGUACCUGUUCCGUUGGUAUUAAAGGUGAAGACUGUGUAGUAUUAGGUUGUGAAAGAAGAUCUACUUUGAAACUACAAGAUACUAGAAUCACCCCUUCUAAAAUCUCUAAAAUUGACAAUCAUAUUAUACUUUCGUUUUCUGGUUUAAACGCCGAUUCCAGAAUUUUGAUUGAAAAAGCAAGAAUUGAAGCCCAAAGUCACAAAUUAACGCUUGAAGAUCCUGUAUCAAUAGAAUAUCUAACUCGUUAUAUUGCUGGUGUCCAACAAAGAUAUACACAAUCAGGUGGUGUUAGACCAUUUGGUGUUUCUACAUUGAUUGCUGGUUUCGAUCCAAAUGAUAACAAACCAAGAUUAUAUCAAACAGAACCAUCAGGAAUUUAUUCCUCCUGGACAGCUCAAACUAUUGGUAGAAAUUCAAAAACUGUAAGGGAAUUUUUAGAAAAUAAUUACAAUAAAGAUGAACCCCCAAAAAAUAAAGAAGAAUGUAUUAAAUUAACAGUAAAGUCUUUAUUGGAGGUAGUACAAACCGGUGCUAAAAAUAUUGAAAUCACUGUUGUUAGACCAAAUAAUGAUAUUAUAACUUUAGACAAUGACGAAAUCGAUAAAUAUGUUCAAGAAAUUGAACAGGAAAAGAAACAACAACAGGAGGAAGAUAAGAAGAAGAAAAAGCCAUCCUCCACAUAG